UCACGUUGGUACAACGUCACAACAUAUAUAAAAGCAGGGGCAUCUUAAAAUAAUUAGAGAACUAAGCUCAUCAUCUUUACAGGAACUAGAAGAGUGAAUUUAUCUAGUCGUUUACUUGAACUUGGCAUUUCAGACUGUAUAUCAACUGCACUGACUGCUUGCGUACUGUAAACAACUUAUCUAAACUAUAGGCUAUUGAAAAUGGCGAAAAAAGAGCAAACUGCCGUCAUCGAAUGCGCGCUCCAGUUGCGCAGAGUUGGAGAUUUGUUUGACUGGAAGUACAAGCUACUGGAGCUCAUAGUAGCUUUGAAGAACGUCAAUAAACACAACAAAGGCUGAAAAUGACACUGUUCGGGAAGGAAUUGGAGAAUGUAAUAUACAUCUGAAAAGGAUUCAUUUCCGACGACCUGCGUCUUCCUGACGCCGCCAAAAAAAACUCGAAGAGGGAUUUCUAUGGUGAAGAUACGAAGGCCACUGGCAGUUUCCGGGAUUAAGGCUGACCAUAUUUACUGAGCUAUGUCUGUCAGAGGACUGUAUGUCUACAAGAGUUUUAUUUAUUCAACCGUCGAUGUUUAGGCAGAGCUUAUUGGUUUAUUUCUCAUUAUUGAGACUGUAAGGUGGCACGCGGGGAGAAGCCUAAACUCCAGCGAGAUGAAAGCUUGGACGGCGAAUCACUGAAUUGUCAAUUUCAUCUCGUUCGUUCUAAUUUCUUUGUUUUUCUUAUGUCAUUUAUGAAAUAAUAAUUAUACACAAAUAUCUACCUAUGUACCUGUAAGCAGCAGGACCUUUCAUAUACUGUACCUCACUUUAAUGAAUAUAUAAUACUAAUAAGUGCCUACUUAUUGCUUCUGGUUGUUAACGUUAGAUGUAAUUAAAAUACAAUAAUUAAAUAAAAAGUUACUUAUGACAUGAGAUUUAGCGUUACAUUAUCCAUAACUGUUGUCUAUGUUUAUAACAGCCACAUGUAUAAUCGUUUAUUAUACAGAUAUAUUACAGAUGUGACAUUUUCUGUGAAAUCCAGGCCAAAGAUUUAGGAGCAUCACACUUUGAUUUCAGUUUUUGACAUUAUAUUACAGAUAUCAAGGCUAUAUUAUCACAUAAUAUUCUUUACAUUAUGUAGGAUGAUAAAACAGUAAAUCACAAAAGACUUUAACUGAGUUUUUACAGACUGGGCCCCUACUGUAUGUUUUUUAAUAGAUAUUUGCUUGGAGUUUUUUCAACUAAGAAAGUAUGUUCAAGGCAGCAAAAUGUUAAGUUUUGUGUUAUGCAUGAAUGUAAUUGAAUUAGAUGAUAAAAUUAUAAACACAAGUAGUGUAUCCAAGCAAAACAGUAACAUAAAGCAAAUUUUUACACAGCAUAUAUAGAAAAUCAGUUAAUAAAUUUGCUGGUUGCCCAAAGAAA